CGCUUCCGCUCUGCUUUUGGUCGCACCGGAUAUGUCGUUGUUCUUGACCUUCCCUUUCAAUUGGCCGGAAUCAGUCUGUCGUGUAGCUGCAAGCUACAUUCUUCUAAAAGUAGUAGAAAAAUGCAAUUAUCUCCGCUGUAAAUGGUAUUGCCAACGAGCUAACUAGCUCGUUAGCAUUCCAGUAAGACUCGAGGGACUGCGUGAAGACGUGACCGUUUCCUGUCAACCUGUCACACGUCGUUAGCAGAACUGGGUUGCAUAUCGAGCGUUAUGUGGACGUGCAUAUAGAGAGAUAAUAUGCACAGACGGGUAUUUACCAAAGUGUACAUAUAAAGUCGUCGUUUUACGGGAACAAUGGUGAAGUACUUUGCCUGUGUGGGUCUUCUGAAAAGUUCCUGGGACCAAGUCUGUAUUGCUUUCUGGGAGCGAUACCCCAACCCCUACAGUAACCAUGUCCUAACGGAGGACAUCAUCUUCAGGGAUGUAACUCCCGGUAACCGUCUGGUCUCUAGGCGACUGCUGACCAAAACUAACCGCGCCCCUCGCUGGAUGGAGAAGUACCUGCCGGUUACCAUGGCCAGGCACGCCUACAUCAUCGAGGAUUCCAUUGUGGACCCCCAGAACAGAACCAUGACAACGCUGACUUGGAACAUCAGCCACGCACGAAUGAUGUCUGUGGAGGAGCGUUGUGAGUACAGAAUUAACCCUGACAACACCAGCUGGACGGAGAUUAACAGAGAGGCCUGGAUCUCGUCUAACCUCUACGGGCUCUCCAGAGCUAUACAGGAAUUCGGCCUUGCCCGGUUCAAGACCAGUGUUACAAAGACCAUGAAAGGGUUUGAAUACGUCCUGGCCAAAAUGCAAGGUGAUACCCCCUCCAGGACCCUGGCUGAGCAUGCUGCAGAGAGGGCCAGGGAGACGGCUCUGGUAGCUAAAGAGAAAGCCAAAGGCCUGGCCUCACAGGCUCACAAGAAACAACAGUAUGUCUGAGCUGCCAGUGUAGGGUGAAGUUUCCCCGAGAUGCUGAUGUGUUUAGGAUUGGGGGCAGGGGAAGCUGAUCCUAAAUGUCUUCCUAGAAACUUUAUCCUGGAGCCCGAGGUGCCAGUGGGAGGAAGUAGACAUUGGCCCCUGUCAGACCUGCCUGGAUUCAUAGACUAUUCAAGACUAAUUUCAACUACUUUAUCUGGGAUCGAUUUUAAGUAUGCCUGGAACCAAUAGAAUGCUGAAAACCCCUGCUCAUCUGGCACUCCAGGCAGGCUCAAGCAAUUACAAAAAAAAACACAAAAGAAUGUUGAAUAGGAUCUGAACCCAGAUCUGUUUGGCCCUAACUGCUGGACCAGAGUCAGAUCUUAUUUACCUAAUGAUUACAUUUGGAGGUAGGGGAAUCUGAUCCCAGAUCUGUUUGGUCCUAACUGCUGGACCAGAGUCAGAUCUUAUUUACCUAAUGAUUACAUUUGGAGGUAGGGGAAUCUGAUCCCAGAUCUGUUUGGUCCUAACUGCUGGACCAGAGUCAGAUCUUAUUUACCUAAUGAUUACAUUUGGAGGUAGGGGAAUCUGAUCCCAGAUCUGUUUGGUCCUAACUGCUGGACCAGAGUCAGAUCUUAUUUACCUAAUGAUUAUAUUUGGAGGUAGGGGAAUCUGAUCCCAGAUCUGUUUGGUCCUAACUGCUGGACCAGAGUCAGAUCUUAUUUACCUAAUGAUUACAUUUGGAGGUAGGGGAAUCUGAUCCCAGAUCUGUGAUUAAGGUUGCAAAAUUCCGAUAACUUCCAGAAAUACCAGUUGGAAGAUUCCCGGAACAAUAUAAUAUAUUAAUAUAUAUAGUAUAAUAAGGUAAUAAGCUGGAAAUCUGAAAUCCUCCAACCAGGAUUUCUGGAACGUUUCUGGGAAAUGUUUUAAAUGCUUUGAAGAAAUGUUGCUCGGUGUGACUGAGCUCAGGACCAUUACAGUUAAAAGCUUGAGUUGAUUCAAAUGUGCUUGGAGGGUGAGACGUAAUUACUGCUCCUCCGGAGGCGGAGUCUUAAUCAAACUCCGCCUCUUAAAUGUUGCAACAAUGCAAAGGGCUCGGUAUAGCUCCGCAUUGACAUGAUUGGUUGACGGUAAGGGGGAGGGGGGGGGGGGUCCUGUAUUAACACAAACUCGCUGCCAUGACAACUUCCUUCACAGCAGUUCUGACUUCUGCAGAGGCUGCAACACAGUAAGUGGCGUACGGGCCACUACAGAUGUCGUUUUGACCAUGCAGAGCUUUUUACACUUUUGUCUUCUACCACAAAGUGUCUAGGGUCAUAGUAGUCCUAGCUAGCGUCCUUGUGUCCUUUCCUUCAGGACAGGUAGGUGAAGGCACUGGGCUUGUUUACAUUCUACUUCCUCCACGUGUCCGUGGUCUUAUCAGUUGGGGUGUAGAGAUGUUUAUCUCGAUGAGACGAACCUGCAGAAAUGAAGGUUCCAUACUAGUAGCAGGAAGUGGCCGUGACGAGGCUAAACGCUAUGGAAGUGGUGACUGUACAUCACAGAAUGUAAACUGACUGUAAUGGUUGGAGGUAUGCGACAGCAUUAGGGACAGGACGACGCCAGUCUCACCCAGCAGGUGGUCUACUGUGCACGUGCCGACGUCGGUCUUGUCCUCUUGUUUUUUUUUUAUCGGGAGCGAGUACAAGAGCCUGGUUCGUGUCUCUCGAAAUGACUCGUGACUCUAGUUAGGUUUCCAUCUGGCUGUUUUCGUGACCAACUGAAUACUGUCAUCGUCUUAAAGUCUACCCACCACGAGGAUGUAGUUCCGCACAGGGAAGCAGGUCCUUAGACGCUGAUAUUGGGUCAGUUUACCAUUCCCCCCCCACUAGUGUCUACGGUUAGGAUUGGGGGAAGCUGAUCCUAGACCUGGAGGCCGACCCACCAUUCCCUCCCAACUCAAAGGUUGUAUCCCAAAUGGCACCCUUAUUCCCUCCCUAUAUAGUGUACUACUUUUUACCAGAGCCCCAUAGACCCUGAUAUAAAGUAGUGUCCCAGAGUCCUAUAGACCCUGAUAUAAAGUAGUGUCCCAGAGCCCCAUAGACCCUGAUAUAAAGUAGUGUCCCAGAGUCCUAUAGACCCUGAUAUAAAGUAGUGUCCCAGAGUCCCAUAGACCCUGAUAUAAAGUAGUGUCCCAGAGUCCCAUAGACCCUGAUAUAAAGUAGUGUCCCAGAGUCCCAUAGACCCUGAUAUAAAGUAGUGUCCCAGAGUCCCAUAGACCCUGAUAUAAAGUAGUGUCCCAGAGUCCCAUAGACCCUGAUAUAAAGUAGUGUCCCAGAGUCCUAUAGACCCUGAUAUAAAGUAGUGUCCCAGAGCCCCAUAGACCCUGAUAUAAAGUAGUGUCCCAGAGCCCUAUAGACCCUGAUAUAAAAUAGUACCCUAAAUAGAGAAUAGGGUGCCAUUUUGGGACUGAGCCUCAGUGCUCUCUUCAGCUCUUUAACAUCUUGCGCUCUUCUGUCUUCUCUGUCGCAAGAAGCAUUUCUGCUGUCUGUUGUAAUUCCUUGACCUUCUUAUAGUUGUGUUUCUCACACUGCAGAUGAGACUGACUACAUAUCAUCACACAUUUGUGUUUUAGCCUUACGAUUUUAAAUAUUCAUGUUUUUUUUUCAGUUCAAAAUACAAUCUUUUGUUUCUGCUAGCUAGACUGCUCAAAAAAAAGCACAUCUCAAAAUAAAUCUCUUGAUUCAUCUCUCUUCGCUGAUAUAUUCAUUGAUUUUUAGUUAUGGCGUUUUCAUUUCAUUGCUCCAGAUUUAAAGUUGUUACAAGUGUGAUGAGGGGGUCCUCGUUGCUUGAGAGUGAACCUCGCUCUUGACAUUGUGAACAGACAGGAUUGCUGUCGACAUCGACGUCUGUAUGAGGCAUGCUUGAAGAAAUUAGCUCCGAGAAAGUGAGUCAAAUUGCUGUAAAUGACACUUAAAGACAUCCUGGGUGUGACUGGGGUUUUUUUUUUUUUUCAACCUCCCGCUUUGGGCCCGUGUGUCUGUAGUUUCAUCAAUAAUGUUCGAGGGGUCGUUGCCACGUGGCCAAUAUACCACAGCUAAGAGCUGUUCUUAAGCCAUGUAUCACAAAUCCAGAGGUGCCUUACUGCUAUUAGAAACCGGUUACCAACGUAAUUCGAGCAGUAAAAAAUUACAUCAUGUUUUGUCAUAUCCAUGCUAUACGGUCUGAUAUACCACGGCUGUCAGCCAAUCCUCAUUCAGGGCUCGAACCACCCAGUUUAUAAACAUGCAGAAUUACUGUCUUACCUCAAUUAGCCAUGAAAUCCCUAGUUUCUAACCCUUUCCCGCCACAUGAGCAAUUAGUUGUAGUCCGCGGGCUUCAGCCCCUUUUGACAUUUUGAGUGACGGCUAGCAAGAUGCUAACGCAGCAGAGAGAGGAGCGAUGGCGUGGUGCACAUACGUGAUGUAGUACACAAUAUUCGGGGACCACUUUUGGCUUGUGAGUGCUCCUAUCAGAACCACUGGCUGAAAGGUAAACUAAAAGUACUGUUGAAUUAUUUGUUUUUGUUUUUUAAUGAAUGCGCUAUGUUUGAGCAACUGUAUCGGCUUAUUGAUGAAUACCAAUAAAAUAUUUUACGUUACAUGGA